UUAAGCGGAGUUGUUUGGGCUGUGCGGGGAGAGAGGAGUCGCUGAAGACGGUUACAGCACACGGAAUCACUACCUGCUGUCCAUCCCCAGUGUCGAGGCCCGGUUUGGUUCAGCUCUGCAUUAAUAAAACUCAGAGAGAUAACUACUCCCACACACACAGCAACGUCUUCGUUAGCACAGCCGGCCAAAAAUACAGGAACCAUGCCCGAAAGGAGGCCCUUCGUACGGUUACCAACUGACGUUUACCCCGUCAACUACGGCUUAUGCCUGAAGCCCGACCUGAUCGACUUCACUUUCGAGGGCAAGCUGGAGGCGGUGGUGGAGGUUACACAAGCCACAACUCAGAUUGUGAUGAACUGUGCUGACAUCGACAUCAUCACGGCUUCCUUUGCACCAGAGGGAGGAGAAGAAAUUAACGCUACAGGAUUCAACUAUCAAAAUGAGGAUGAAAAAGUCACCCUGUCAUUUCCUAGCGCUCUACAGAAAGGCUCUGGCACGUUGAAGAUCGACUUUGUUGGGGAGCUGAACGACAAAAUGAAAGGAUUCUAUAGAAGUAAAUAUACAACCGCUGCUGGAGACAUCCGCUACGCUGCUGUCACACAGUUUGAGGCCACGGACGCUCGCAGAGCUUUCCCCUGUUGGGAUGAGCCAGCUAUCAAAGCCACCUUUGACAUCGCUCUGAUAGUUCCCAAGGACCGAGUAGCCUUGUCAAAUAUGAAUGUCAUUGAUCGAAAGCCAUAUCCGGAGGAUGAAAACCUUGUGGAAGUGAAGUUCGCCACCACACCCAUCAUGUCCACAUACCUCGUAGCUUUUGUCAUCGGUGAAUAUGACUAUGUGGAGAGCCAAUCAUCAGAUGGUGUAACGGUACGCGUCUACACACCCGUGGGGAAGGCGGAACAAGGGAAAUUUGCACUGGAGGUUGCAACUAAGACCUUACCUUUCUACAAAGACUACUUCAGUGUUCCUUAUCCUUUGCCUAAAAUUGAUCUCAUAGCUAUUGCUGAUUUUGCUGCUGGUGCCAUGGAGAACUGGGGCCUUGUUACCUACAGGGAGACGGCGCUGCUCAUCGACCCGAAGAACUCCUGCUCGUCCUCCAGGCAGUGGGUGGCGCUGGUGGUCGGACACGAGCUCGCGCACCAGUGGUUUGGGAACUUGGUCACCAUGGAAUGGUGGACCCACCUGUGGCUUAAUGAAGGAUUUGCUUCCUGGAUUGAGUAUCUGUGUGUGGACCACUGCUUCCCAGAGUACGACAUCUGGACUCAGUUCGUCUCGGCCGACUACACUCGAGCUCUGGACCUGGACGCACUGGACAGCAGCCACCCCAUAGAGGUGAACGUGGGUCAUCCAUCGGAGGUAGAUGAAAUCUUUGACGCCAUCUCCUACAGCAAAGGAGCCUCUGUGAUCCGCAUGUUGCACAACUACAUAGGAGACGAGGACUUUAGGAAAGGAAUGAACGCCUAUCUUUUGAAGUUCCAACAUAAAAACGCAUCGACAGAGGACCUAUGGGACUGUCUGGAACAGGCCAGUGGGAAACCCAUCGCUGCAGUGAUGGGCUCGUGGACCAAGCAGAUGGGCUUCCCAAUUAUUGUAGUGGACCAGGAACAGCAAGGUGACGACCGCAUCCUCAAGUUAUCUCAGAAGAAGUUCUGCGCCAGUGGACCUCAUAACGGUGAGGACUGCCCCAGCUGGAUGGUCCCCAUUAGUGUUUGUACCAGCGAGGACCCUAAAUGCACCAAGCUCAACGUUCUGCUGGACAGACCCGAGACGACUAUCACUCUGAGCGGCGUCGCUUCUGACCAGUGGAUCAAGAUCAACCCCGGCACCGUGGGCUUCUAUCGCAUCCAGUACAGCUCGUCCAUGCUGGAGAGUCUGCUGCCGGGCGUCAGAGACCUCAGCCUGCAGCCUGUGGACCGACUGGGCCUGCAGAACGACCUCUUCUCCCUGUCCCGCGCCGGGAUGAUCAGCACGGUGGAGGUGCUGAAGCUGAUGGAGGCGUUCGUCAACGAGCCAAACUACACGGUGUGGAGCGACCUCAGCUGCAACCUGGGCGUGCUGUCCUCGCUGCUGUCCCACACCGACUUCCACGAGGAGAUCCAGGAGUUCAUCCGGGACCUCUUCACCCCCAUCGGCCUCGAGCUCGGCUGGGACAGCAAACCAGGAGAAGGUCACCUGGACGCCCUGUUGAGAGGUCUGGUUCUGGGGAAGCUCGGAAAGGCGGGACACAAACCCACACUGGAAGAGGCCAGACGGAGAUUCAAGGACCACGUGGAGGGCAAACAGGUCCUGCCUGCAGACCUCAGGAGCCCGGUGUAUUUAACAGUGCUGAAGCAUGGAGACAGUGCCACAUUGGACACGAUGCUGAAGCUCCACAAACAAGCCGACAUGCAGGAGGAGAAGAAUCGUAUCGAGCGAGUGCUCGGCGCCAUCUCAGCCCCCGACCUCAUUCAGAAAGUCCUCAACUUCGCCCUCUCGGAAGAGGUUCGUCCCCAGGACACGGUGUCAGUAAUCGGGGGCGUGGCAGGAAGCAGUAAACAAGGCCGGAAAGCUGCCUGGAAGUUUGUGAAGGACAACUGGGAGGAACUUUACAACCGCUACCAGGGCGGCUUCCUCAUAUCACGGCUCAUCAAGCUCACAGUCGACGGAUUCGCUAUCGACAAAAUGGCUGCUGAAGUGAAGAGUUUCUUCGAGAGUCACCCGGCGCCGGCGGCCGAGCGUACGGUGCAGCAGUGCUGCGAGAACAUCCUCCUCAACGCCGCCUGGCUGAAGCGCGACGCAGACGACAUCCACCAGUAUCUACUGCAGCGCAAAGCGCCCCCAGUCUGAGCCGCCGCCCCCGUCUGAGCCGCCUCCUCCAGUCCCCUUCCCCCCUCCCUCCAGUGCGGACCUCCCAGCAUCAUAGCUGCCUCGGCCCCCCCUCACUACAGACCAGAGCGGGAGACCAGAGCGUACUUACAGCAGGCUUCAUUUCUCUAAAGAAACUGUAUGAAAUCAAGAAGACAAAGCCAAGAAUUUAACAAAGUGUUGGAAACACAAAGAGACUCUUUCUACGUUAACAAAGCAGAAUCCAUUUUAGUCAGACCAGGAAUGUAGUUUUACCCCCAUUCUGUCCACGAGCAGACGACACGUCAACAAGUCACGUUAUUGAACCGCUGCUCGGCGACGGCGCAGACACACCUCCACCUUUGAAAUGAUCGCUAACCCUGCUAACUGUACUCUGCAUCACCUGCCCCCGUAUGCACACCCUCCUCCACCUCUGUGUCGUAGCUGAGAAAACUGUGAAUCCCCCUUUUCCUCCCCCGUCCCCCUCCCCCCUUGUUUAUUUCCUCCUGCUGCCACUCGUUUUGAAUGCAUGAAGUGUGAUUUUCUGCAUUUGCUGCUUUGUUUACUUCUGUUUGUUUUCUGCACAAACAAAUUAUUUGUUGUUUUGUUUCAUUCCCCUCCCCCUCUCUGUUGGUAUUCGCACCCUCUCCCGCCUCCUUCUCUUUUCGGGCGUAGAAGCAGAAGGCACCUGGGCAGAAUGGGGUUAAUAACAGUAGUGUGUGUUGUAGUUUCCAACAGCACUGAUUCUCCAUUGCUAAUAAACGAUUAGGACGAGGCGAGCAGCGCUAGCAUGGUACUACAUUGUAAACUGUAUAAUGCAAGCAUUUUUUUUCUUUUUGUUUUGUUUCGUUUUGUUUUUGUUUUUUUGCGGACGAUGUUCCUUUAAAAGAAUUAAAUGGGAAAGUUCAUGAUUACCUGUUUCCACUCCACGCCCCCAAAACUCCUCGAGCUCUGUCCAAUCAGAGUUUGGAUAGUUUGAAUCACCUACAAACAUAUUUAAACCCCUCCCCCCGUUUCUUUAUCUGCCACCCUCAAUGAAAUGAAGAUAUUGGCGUGUUUUUAUAAGACAUCAGAUGCAGUGAUUUAUUUAAAUGUUGAGAUAAUCAUAUAUUCUGAGGAAAAGAAAAAAAAAAAAAAACACUACUUUUCGGGGCCUUUUCAUGCUGAAGUAACAUCAGGAAACGCCUCCUCGAACGGUUGAGCGGGAGUCCGGCUGAGGCCCGGUCGAGGCCCGGUCCAGACUUUGUGGAUGUGACGGAUCGACUUUGACUCCACUUGUCGAACUUGGAAGCCUUAAAUUGGUCGACUAGUUUGCCGUAAAUACUAAAACACUGAAGUGGUGAAAAUAGGCGACUUCCACAUAACGUCAAAUGUAUCUAAUGUGACAGAUUAUGCAGACUUGUUGAACGAGUAUAUCUAUAUAGAAUUUACAAUUUGAUGUGGUUUUUUUUUGAAAAACUCACCCACCAAGUCAUCCAACCUGUUGUCGAGACCCCCCCCCCCCCCCCCCCCCCCCCCCCCGGAACAUUUGUUGUUGUUUUUUUUGUUUUGUUUUGUUUCUUUUUUUCUUUUUAUUUCUUUCUUUUCUUUUCUUUUUUUUUGUUUAAAACUACAGUUGGUGUUCAUUAAAGUGAAAAAGGAUUAUAAAAACAAAUCAUGUGAAAUUAGUACACAUUGAUUCUUUUAUGCGUGAGGUGUGAGUGUGCAUGCCUGGAGACAGAUUGGUAAUUUAUUUUGUAUUAUCUCACAGGUUCACAGAGGAGGAGAUGAUCACUGUUGGAUUACAGAUGGUUAAAGCAGAGUAACGUGUACAGAUAAUUCUACCUAACCAGAAUAAAAAUUGGUUACAGAUCAACAUAGACGAAAACAGAGAGAAAAUUCAAAUGUCGACACGUUUUGGUUUCAUGAAGAGUCUGUAGCAAAUGUUCAGGCAGCGUUUGGCUUUUGUCGUCCGUGCAGAUGUUUUCGUGUUGUUUUUUUUGUUUUGUUUUUUUCUAAUGAAUCUGACUUUUAGUUCAACAUGUGGAAUGUCUUUGUGGUUCUGACUUAAAGAAGAGGACAGCUUUAAAUUUAGUGAUGCCAAGGCAAACGUAAAUAAUAUCCAGUCCAAUAAAGUAACACUUGAUGAUA